AUGGCUCCGAAUCAUUGGUUGAGGCCUGAGGUAGGCUCAGAUCCGCCCGUACCCUGUCAGGCUGUUUAUCCACUGUUCGCGGCCACAGGGGUUGCCGUAGCGAUGAGUGGGCGGAGCAGUGAACUCGUGCUUGUUGAGGGCAUCCUGGAUGAGUUGCUUGAGCUCCUCAAGAGCCUUCUUCUGCGGCUCGGGAAUCUCACCAACAACAUAGCUCUCUCCCCACCCCCGUUUGGUUUUUGCGGUUUUGCCGACACCGACCGCAUUUCUCGGUCAACCGCAUUGCGGUUAACCGCAUUUUCUCAGACGGAUGCGUCAAAUGCUUCAUCGUCAUCUACACUAGCCCAAGAACAAAACCCAACGCUUAGCUGCACUCGCAUCCACAAACCACCGGCGACGACGACCACUCCUCCUCUCCGGCGACGACGACCACUGGAGGUGAUACAUGAAUUGCUACUGAGUUUUGCUGAAGCUGGAGCUAAUGUGUUGAGACUAAAAGGAGGGGGGUUUCUUGGACCUGCUUUCUUCCUCACUCAGUUGAGCCAUAUUAAUUCUCCUGCAAUGGCUGUUCUAUGUAUGGCAUGCAGUCAGGGAACUGAUGCAUUCUCACAAUCUGGUCUAUAUUCGAACCAUCAAGAUAUUGCUCCACGAUAUUCUGAUGGCCCUCCCAAUGAAAGGAAAAUUGUUAAAUUAUGUGAGUAUGCUGCCAAAAAUCCUUUCCGAAUCCCAAAGAUUGCCAAAUAUCUUGAAGAUAGGUGUUACAAAGAGCUAAGACUAGAGCACAUCAAAUUCAUCAAUAUUGUUGCAGAGGCUUACAACAAGUUGCUUUGCCUGUGUAAAGAGCAGAUGGCAUAUUUUGCAGUCAGUCUGCUGAAUGUGGUUACUGAGCUCCUGGACAACCCUAAGCAAGAUCCUCUGCGCAUACUUGGAUGCCAAACCCUAACGACCAUUUUUCUAUAUUCAGGUGAUUCACAAGUUACCUUCUCUUGA